UGUGAUCCGAAGGUAAAGCAAGACAGCUAUGGAGUCUCUGGACUCGUUCGAGGAUGAGCACUCACAUCAUCAUCAUCAUCAUCAAUCUCCAACCACAGGAGGACCUUACGACGAUGACAACACCAUGAACUAUGAAGGUUACGAUUCUCAACAGCAUUACGAUUAUGGAUCUUCUUACCCUACCAAUAACUCCGACGACGACAACCUCGCCGUCAAUACCAACAACAACAACAGCCAGGAUUCUCCUACUGUUUAUGGAUUCGGUGUUUCAACUCCUAACCCUGAUUUCGUUACUCCUUUUCAAUCCAACGAAACUGACGAUGGAUUGUUCUCUUCUGAAGGCCCUCUUCUCCCUGAUCCUACACAAAUGCAAGAAGAAGGCCAUGCUAGACGUGAAUGGCGACGGAAAAAUGCGAUUCAUCUUGAGGAAAAGGAGAAAAGAGAAAAGGAAAUGAGAAAUCAGAUUAUAAAGGAAGCUGAGGAUUAUAAGGAAGCUUUCCAUGAGAAAAGAAAACUCAAUUGUGAGACAAACAAACAGAACAACAGAGAAAAAGAGAAGAUAUACUUGGCCAACCAAGAGAAAUUUCACAAAGAAGCUGACAAACAUUACUGGAAAGCGAUAGCUGAGAUCAUUCCUCGCGAGGUUCCUAAUAUCGAGAAGAGGAGAGGGAAAAAAGAAGCCGAGAAUAAACCUUCGGUUCAUGUUAUUCAAGGUCCGAAGCCUGGGAAACCUACCGAUCUUGCUCGAAUGCGCCAAAUGAUUUUGAAGCUUAAGCAAAACCCUCCAUCUCAUAUGAUGCCUCCCCCGCCAAAAGAAGAAAAAGAUGCAAAAGAAAACAAAAAUGGCAAAGAUGCAAAAGAUGCAAAAGAAAACAAAGAUGGCAAAGACACUAAAGAUGCAAAGGAUGGCAAAGACCCUAAAGAUGCAAAGGAAAGUGGAAAUGACAAGGGUGGGAAAACCUCAACACCAACUGCUGCGGCCACCGCAGAUUCUGCAGAAAAUAAGCCAACUACACCAGAAAAAGAUGCUGCUGCUGCUACUAAUGGUGAACUGCAAGAUCCUCCUGCAGCUGAGGGUGAGCAAGUGGCUAGUACUGAGCCACCAGCAGCUUAGUGAUGUGAACAAAAUGAAAUUCUUUUUUCUUAGCAAUUCUUUUUUAUAUAUAUACCUAUUCAUUCGUCGUUGCUAAAUUAGAUUCUUACAUUCGUUGAGAAUAAGUGAUGGCUAUAAGAAGAUACUUUUGACUUUGCAGCAUGGCCUGUUGAGAGCAUCAGUCUAAACUAUUGUCCUAGAUUUGUAGGUUUUAGAUGCAAAUCUGUUU